AUGGCUGAUGCAGGCAAGGCAGGCGCGCACACAGACUCCACGGUUUUCAGCAGCGCUUUGGUGCCUGGCACAGCAAAGUGGAGCCGGACAAGGAGAGGCCCAGUAAAGCGGGGCAUGGCCGGCGUGACGGGCGAGGCCGGGAGGGGAGGGGUGUGGCAGGGUGAGGCAAAUGAACUGCAGCUGCUCCUGAGCACCACCAGCCUCCGAGCACUCACUAUUUCAUCAUAUGAAGCUCUCACAGUGAAAUGUAAUGUAUGGUAUCCAGAACACCCACUUCACAGCUAUCGUCAUUCUGGAGACCUCAUCAUUGGUGGCAUCACAUCUCAUGGAAUCUUCCUCUCAUAUGCCAAAGAUUUCAUAAAGGAACCCCCACCAGCUAUGGCUGAGGAACUUAUAAUAUUUUCAAUGAAUUACCAGCACAUCCUGGCAUUGGCUUUUGCAGCAAAAGAGAUAAAUGAAAAUCCUCAAAUAUUACCCAAUAUAACAUUGGGAAUCCAUAUUUAUGACAAUUAUUAUGACACAAAAUGGACAUUUUAUUCCACUAUGAUUCUUACAUAUGCACUAGAAAGAUUUUUCCCAAAUUACAACUGUAACAUGCAGAAUAAGCUCCUUGCAGUGAUUGGUGGUCUAGAUUCUGCUACUUCUCUUGAUAUGGCAAUUCUCCUGAAUAUCUACAAGAUUCCCCAGCUGACCUAUAGUCCCACUCCAGUGAUGAAGGGCAAAUCUCUUGGCCUUCCCUUCUACCAAAUGGUUCCAAAGGAAGAUCUUCAAUAUGAAGGGAUUUUGUCUCUGCUUCUGCAUUUCAGAUGGAUAUGGAUUGGAAUGGUGGUUAUGGAGACCGAUGGUGGAGAAAGACUUCUACAAACAGUGAUACCCAUGUUUUCUCAGAAGGGUGUCUGUAUUGCAUUCAUAGAAAAAAUCCCUGGCAUAACUUUUAUUACUAAUAUCUUUGAAUUACUGGAUAAAGGGAGGAAGACUUAUCAUACAUUGACAGCUACUAAGGCUACAGUGAUAAUUGCUUUUGGUGAAUCUAAUUCCUUUGGAUUUUUUAGAUUUCUCUCUUAUCAGUCAGAUGAAGAUGUAGACAGUAAGCAUCGGAAACCCCUAGGAAAGUUAUGGAUCUUCACAGCCCAAAUGGAGAUUGCUUCCUUUGGAUUUCAAAGGUAUUGGGAUUUAGGAAUUUUCCAUGGAGCUUUGGGCUUUGCAUUUCAUUCCAAUGAUGUGUCUGAAUUCCAUCAAUUUAUUGAGAGUCGAAAUCCUUUCACUACGAAAGGAGAUGGUUUUUUCAAAGGCUUUUGGGAGCAGGUCUUCAACUGUCAAUUUCCAGGUACGCUUACCAAUGACAAAGAGGAGAACAUUUGCACUGGCCAGGAGAAAAUAAAUAAACUCUCUGCCCCCCUUUUCGAAAUAUCCAUGUCUGGCUACAGCUACAGUAUCUACAAUGCUGCCUUUGCCAUAGCUCAUGCUUUACAUGCCAUGUCUACCUCUUGGCUCAAACACAGAACAAUGAUGGAUGGUGGGCUAUGGAUUCACAAUCAGCCAUUUUGGCAGCUGCAUCAUUUUUUGAGAUAUGUUGCAUUUAAUAACAGUAUUGGAGACAGUAUAUUGUUUGAUCAGGAAGGGAAGAUGAUUGCUGGAUUUGAUAUCAUUAAUCUUAUUUUUUCUGAAAACCAGACCAAGUUAAAAAUUGGAAGGAUUGAUUCACACUCCCCUGCAGAUCAGUCAUUCACCAUUAAUGAGGAUGCCAUAAAAUGGAAUGAAUGGUUUAAUCAGACAAUUCCGCUUUCUCUGUGUACACCAAGAUGUUGUGCAGGUUCUUGGAGGCAAAUGAUAGAGGGGAAGCCAUUUUGUUGCUACUCUUGCAUCCAAUGUCCAGAAGGGAAGAUUUCUGAGAAAGAAGAUUUGAAUGAUUGUUACAGCUGUACAGAUGAAAAUUAUCCCAACAAAAAGCAGGAUUCAUGUAUUCCCAAAGAUAUCAGUUUUUUGUCAUAUAAAGAACCUUUGGGAAUCACUUUAGCCUGUUUUGCCCUUUUCUGUUCCACAACCACAGUUCUGGUACUAAUGACAUUUUUGAUGCAUCACAACACUCCCAUCGUCAAAGCCAGCAACCGGGAUCUCACCUAUAUUCUCCUCAUCACCCUUCUGCUCUGCUUUCUUUGUAUAUUACUAUUCAUCGGUCAGCCCAAUAAAGUGGUAUGUGUUCUCCGUCAAACCAGUUUCAGUAUCAUCUUCUCUAUGGCUAUUUCCUGUGUGCUGGCCAAAACUCUGACUGUGGUCCUGGCUUUCAUGGCAACUAAGCCAGGAAGCAGGAUGAGCCAAUGGGUGGGGAAAAGACUGGGCUAUGCUUUUGUUUUAUCAGGCUUCUUAAUUCAGGUUGGGAUUUCAACUAUAUGGCUGUCCAUCUCUCCUCCUCUUCAAGAUGCUGACCUGCACUCAGAGCCUGGAAAAAUUGUCCUGCAGUGUAAGGAAGGGUCCUUGAUUUUAUUUUAUUCCGCAAGGUGUUUUAUGGGCUUCCUGGCCACAAUCAGUUUCAUAGUUGCUUUCUUUGCCAGGAAAUUACCUGAUAGUUUCAAUGAAGCCAAGUUCAUCACUUUCAGUAUGUUGGUUUUCUGUAGUGUUUGGAUAUCCUUUGUUCCAACCUACCUGAGCACCAAGGGGAAAUAUACGGUGGCUGUGGAGAUCUUCUCAAUUUUAGCCUCAAGUGCUGGGCUGUUGAUAUGCAUCUUUUUCCCCAAAUGCUACAUUAUUGUUUUGAGACCAGAGUUGAACAACAGGCAACUGAGGAAGAAAGGAUUAUAA